AUGCUUGACGAGAACCUCCCAACCUUCUAUCUCAGACCAAAUAGCCAACAAAAACACCUGUGGACUAUUUAUAUCUGCCAGCACGGCGACGACCCCGAGCCCGCCUACACCCUGCGUUACCCUGAUCCCGCCUCCCCCUCCUCCAAGAACCGCUAUGCCGUCGCGCUCUGUGAUCCUUUCGUACCCGAUGUCGUCUACGGCGAGGUCUUGAUCAUCCCGGAAUGGACACAACCCAGUCUAUCCGCCGAGGCGAUCCGCCUGAACGGCGGGGUCACACCUCCGCCAGAAGCCAUUCUCCCCUCGCAGUUCAUCGUCCAGCUGUACAACCCGGACCAGCAGGUGACGAUCCGCUACAAGCACAAGACGUGGAAUACACCGGCAACAUGGGAAUUCGAGAUGCCGCAGCAUACCUUCCGACAACCAUCGGCCUCGACGCUCGACCGCACGCAGACUGACCCGGCCCUGGCUGACACGACCCCGAAACUCCGGUUCAGCUGGCGCAAGGAUAGCAAGUUGUCCAAGGACCUUACGUGUCUGCUCCUUGGAAAGACGUCGACACUGCCCGAGGGGAGGACGAAGAGCAAGGAGCCGGAUAUCACGGUGUCGAUCUUCAAGGCUCUACGGGAGUUGACGCUGUACGAGCCGAACAUGUACCGGGUUGAGAUGGAGGAUUUCAAGGGGCUGGAGAUUGUACUCUUGCUGGGAGCGGUGACCAUUCGUGAUGUCUACUUCACCCCGAUGAAGGACGCGUUUCGAAUCGUACGGGAUGAGGUGGGAAGGAAGCCUGUGGCUGAUCCGACAGGCAGUCCUGUCAAUGUUAGUGCUAGCCCAACGGUACAGAGUGGUGCGGCCCUGCAGAAUCAGAAGCCUGCGGCGGUCGCCCCGAAUGCAAAGGCCAACGACAAGCAGCCUGCAUCCUCGCGCCCAGCAGAGACUCAAGUCACGAAGCCAAGCCCAACGCCAGCGCCCGCCCAAGCCCCAGCUCCAACGCAGCAGCAGAAGACGAAGAAGCAAGAACUGUCGCGCAAGGAGGAGGAAAAACGGACCAAGAAAAGACUGGAAGAAGAGGAGAAGGCUCGUCGCAAGCGCCAGGCCGAGAUUGACAAGGAGACCCGCCGACUGCAGAAGAUCUACGGGCGCGAGGAGCAGCAGGUGCGCGCCAGCAGCGUGAACCUUGCGCGUCCUCCUGCGCAGCCGCCGCGUCCUCCAGCACCUCCUCGGCAGCAGCAACCGCAUCCCCCUCCGCGGCCGAAUGCGCGAUACUACUACCAUCAGCAGGCACCGUCCAUGUUGCAUCUGACGCCGGGCCCGGUUGCGACUCCGCCUCGACCGCACUCGACGGUGCAUUCCCUGCAGCCGCCGCAGCCCCAGGACCAGGGUCAGCAGCCGCCGAAAAAGAGUAGUUUCUUUGGGUUCCGACGGUCGUCGGACGAUUCGAAGGUGCAUAAAAAGCGCAGCUCGAUGUUUUGA